GAUGUCCGCCCCCCAAUCGCUUAAUUUAGCCCGGACCACUCUCGUUACCAAAUCCCUAGUUCCUUCGAGCCCAAGCUAGGGUUUUGCACUCCACCUCGGCGUUGCGCCCGCGAUCUAGGGUUUAAAUCCGUCCCUCUCCAGCAAACCAUCUUGUCUUUCGUUUGCAACUAUGGACGCUCGCAAGAGGGCGCGAGCUGAAGGUGCUACGAACGGUACAAAGCGUAUAAAAGAAACGGACUCGAACCAACCUGGUCUAGGAAGCAAAUUGAAGCCAUGCACCAAGUUCUUCAGCACUGCUGGAUGCCCAUUCGGUGAAGGCUGUCAUUUCCUGCACUAUGUCCCCGGAGGCUAUGCCGCUGUUUCACAGAUGAAUUUGAACACCCUAGGGGUUGCUUCUGUAAAGAAUGUAAUUCCUCCAGCAGUGACCAAUGGGCCACCUGCUGGGAAGACUCGCAUGUGCAAAAACUACAACACUCCUGAAGGCUGCAAAUUUGGUGAUAAGUGCCAUUUUGCACACGGGGAAUGGGAACUUAGCAAAUCUGCUGUUCCACAUUUUGAUGGCCAUAUGGCGGCUCCAUUGGGUGCAAGGAUACCAACAAACUUUGAGCCACGCCAACCUGCUGGCCUGGCUGCUGCAACCAGCUUUGGAGCCUCAGCCACAGCUAAAAUCAGCAUCGAUGCUUCUCUUGCAGGUGCCGUUAUAGGUAAGGGUGGAAUGAACACAAAGCAGAUUUGCCGUAUAACGGGUGUUAAGCUUGCAAUACGGGAGCAUGAAUCAGAUCCCAAUCUGAGAAACAUUGAAUUGGAGGGAACGUUCGACCAGAUCAAACAUGCCAAUUCCAUGGUUAGAGAACUUAUAGGCAAUGUAAACACUGCAGCAGCUCCUAUACCAGCAAAGAGCACGCCUGCUAUUGGAAUUCCAGGUGCCAUAAGCAACAAUUAUAAGACAAAGUUGUGUGAGAACUUUGCAAAGGGCUCAUGCACUUUUGGUGAUCGGUGCCAUUUCGCUCAUGGGGCGGGUGAGCUACACAAACCUGCUGCCUGAAGUACUUUCUACCAAAUGCCUCUUCGAUUUGUCCUAUGAAACUGGCAGUCUUCCCAGUUGGUCGUUCGUGACUUGGUUUCAUUGUAACAAGACUCGGAAGAUAAUUGACUUUAAUUUAGUACGUUGUUACCACUUUACGUUUUGUAAUAUUGCAGGGAGAGCUUUGUUGAAAUCUGUACUAUUCAAGGCUUUAGAACGCUAUCUGUGAUAACUGCAGUGCAAACUAGCAACUGAAUAUUCUGUUUU